AUGUCGUUUUGGCCCUUCUCGAGCUCCUUCAAUAACAACAGUCAUCUACAGAAGCUCCUUGAUUCUACGGCGGAUGUGAGCAAGAUCAAUGUCGAGGAUUUGUUCGAAGAUAGAACCAUCCAGCUGGAGUUCAUGGAGGAGUUGAAGAGUCUACUGAGCAAAUACGGCAAGAAGACUAACUUCCAGUUGCCGCUGGUCCAGCAGGUGGAAGCAACGAGAAAUAGCUCCAUGAGCGAUGACGCCUCGUUGGCUUCGUCAUCGAAUGAAGCAAGCUCCAAUAAUGUGUUAUCAAAGACCGCUCGAGAGGCAAAAUUGAUGGAGCUUGUGCUCCAGCCCCAUAUCUUGAUGGGUCUUCUUGAUUACAUAGAUCAGUCUGUCGAAUUUUUUCACAGCCUUGCACUCAAGGAGGAUCAGAAGCUAGCAGACCUUGUCAACAAGAGCGAUACCGGGAGUCUCCAUACUGACAAUCCCCUGGACGAAGUUAGAGAACAGAGAAUGGAAGACGCUAAAGAGGAGGAAGAAGAAGAGGAGCAAGAGCAAGAUACUGAGGAUGCUAAACGUGAACCAGCCGAGGAGCGCCUACGUCGAUACAUUCAAGGCGCCACAGAUGUUCUUUCCAUGGACUUUUGGGUCAUUUCCAACCGAGUUAUUGAAACGCCCGUGCUUAUGGAGAAGUUGUGGCUGGUGAUCCUGAUGCCACAUCUCUGUGAAAGUUCGCCGGCCGUUGGGUACUUGGUACUGGUCCUUGACCACUUUUUGGAUUCGAAUACUAUUGAGUUUCUCAAUUUCAUUAGGCGGCGUCAUAAUUUGGUCGACACAUUCUUGGCCAAAAUCGAAAUACCAAUUUUGAUGGAUUUCUUUAUCAAGGUGAUCCAGACCGACCGAGCAGACUCGCCCACGGGCAUUAUAGAGGUCCUCGUACAGCAGCAGCUCGUUGACAAGCUUGUUGACAUUCUCAAGCCAAUUAUGUCUCAAUUCGAGGAGGAUCACGUCUGCAUCCCAAACUAUCAGCUACUUUUUAGACAGACCGCAGCUGCUGAAUUCAUCAAAGCCCUCAUAUCGAUUUCAUCCAACUCGACUUUAGCGGUGGACCUUGAAACAAAUAUUGGUCCCAACCAAUUGACCCGUGAAUUGGCCUCGCCCAGGAUAAUCAGGCAAAUGGUACAUGACAUCAUCUUGUACCGCCUUCCUGGCAAGCUGGCAUCAGAUUUGCCCAGGACGAACAAAAGUGGAAUCAGCAACUGUGUCACGAUAUUGAUUGAGCUUAUCAGGAAGAAUAAUUCGGACUACGACUUGAACUGUGGCACAUACAGCUCACUACUUGAAAACAACACUGGAGAACCUACUGGCGAGGUCAGUGUUUAUGUGAUGUAUCAGUGGCUCAAAGAUUUUGACCAGAACCCUCCUGGUUUUAGAGAUCCGGUCUUCUUGGGUGACAUGCUCCAGAUCUUUUCGGAAAAUAUGGACGAAAUCUCUGAACUUAUCGAUCUCGACGCUAGUGCUCCUGCGGCUGCCGAGAGAGGAACAGAAGCUCUAGGUGUAACAAAGUUCAAGUUAUUUGAACUCAUCGCUGAGCUUCUUCAUUGCUCCAAUAUGAUUUUACUCAAUUCGAGAAAGAUUGCGGACAUCGUCCGAAUCCGUGAUCAGAUUCGUGUCUUACAAGAAUCGCGGCUCAAGGAAGCGUUGGCUGGCUCCAUAUUAGAUGAUGACACUUCUGAACACGACAAAGAGCAUAUUGGUGAUGUGACGAGUGGCCUAGAUGAUGUUUCCUUGCACGAUGGCAUGUCCGCUGAUGGGGGCAGAAGAAGAGGCAAGUCGAACAACAGCGAUUUGUCAGUAAAGAGCUUUACCAAGCUGAAAAUGGAUCAGCUCAAUGCCGCUGAGUUUGUUGAAUCUGACGACGAAGAGCCCGCAGUCUCGCAGGAGAAUCCUUUUGUCUGUGAAGAACGCGAUCAAAUCUUCAGAAGCAAUCCAUGCAUCGGUGAUGAUUUCAAAAUUAAGCUUGUGGAUCUGAAGAUACUCCCAAAGAUGAUUAGAAAAUUUGUUGAUUAUCCCUGGCAUAAUUUCUUUCACAACGUUGUUUUCGAUUUGAUACAACAGAUUUUCAACGGCAAAUUGAACUCAUAUAACUCGUUCUUGAUUGUGGAAUUAUUCAAACGAGAUGAAUGUAAUAUCACAAACCUUAUCGUUGACACUUUUAAGACGAAGGCCGAACCUCGUCCGGGCUACACAGGCCACUUAAUCCUUAUUAGUGAGGAAGUGGUGAAGUUCUCUUCGUUGUAUAAGCCUGGAUUGAUCUCACCCGUGAUUGUCGAUGCCGUCAACGGCAAGGAGUGGGAAUGGUUCGUGGAACAUGUGCUUCUAAAGACUCGUGAACUAUACAAUGCGAUAUUAGGUGCCGACUCCGAAUAUGAUGAUGCCGAGAAUAUGGAAGACAGCGGUCAUCGGAGACAACCCGACGAUGAAGCUUAUGGCUUUGAUUCAUCAACAGUUGGUUACAUGGACCUUGAGCCAUAUGACGAAGAACAGAAAAACUUCAUCAUACUAGGCGACAGCAGUAAUCAUGAUGAGUUUGUGAAUCUGCAGCCCACGAAUGCAGAUGAAGAUGAGGAUGUUGACGAUGGCGAAGCCGAGACAAAUGCGAAUCUCUCGGAUGUUCGAAUUCAGAGCAUGUCGCCAAAAUCGCUGGUAGAAAAUCAAGAAGAGUUUGUUGAUGACUUGAAUGGGUCCAAAUUCCCAGGGCAUCAGGAUGACCUCAAUGAUGAUAACUUUUUUGACGAUUUAUCAGGAUCCAGUUCCUCUGACGAAGAUGAUGACCACAAUGAGUUGCGCCGUGUACCAAAGCAUAGUGAAUAA